AUGGAGCUGAUCGAGACGCAGGCCUCGGACCUGCGCUACCUCGCGCAGGCGCCCGUUGCGCUGAGCGACACCGCCAGUGUCUCGUACGAUACGCCGCAGCCUCUGCCGCAGGCCAGCCCACCAGGCUCGGGUUCCGCGUCCUUCGGAGAAAAUUCCGCCGCCAAUGCCAACAAGCGGAAGCCGCCCGUCGACGACGGCGACGGCCAGAAGCAGACGAGGAGCAAGAGGAACCGGUAUAUAUCAAUUGCCUGCAACGAGUGCAAGCGACGCAAAAUCAAGUGCAAUGGCGAGACGCCCUGCCAGCGCUGCGGAAACCUCAACCUGACGUGCCUCUACGCCCCCAACUGCUGCCCCAACAACUUCAAGGAUACGGACGACUUCAAAAAUGUCCUGUCGCAGGUGGCGCGCCUCCAGGAUGAAGUCAGCUGGCUCGGCCAAACCGUCAGGACGCUGGCUCCGCCCAACGACCGCGCCACAGGGUGCUCCAGCUCGGCCGUCGCGUCGUCUCCGUCGCAGAGCUCGGCCUCAGCCCAGCGCCCCAACCAACCUUCCCAAGCAUCUUCCGGCCCCUUCCGGGGGCCCACGAGCAUAGCAUACGGCCUCGACGUCGCUAACUCGACAAUAGCCAACAUGGGAUGGCGCGGCAUCUCCGAGACGGACAACCACGACCAGCAACCCGCCCGAGUGCCCAUGCCGACGGGCAACGCACCCCGCGACCCCCUCUUCGAGUUUGACAAGGACGAGAUGGUCAGGCUGUGUCAGUUCCACGAAGACGAGACUGGCAUCAUGUACCCCGUGCUCAACAUCCAUACCGUCAGUGCUCAUGCCAAGAAUAUCGCGCCCUUCCUAGAAUCCGCCAGAAACCAACAGCGGCCCUUGGAGCUUCUCAAUGACGAGAAGACGCUGCAACUCAAGAUGAUCCUUUGCUGCGCGCUGGCCGUUGAGGAACACGGUCACAGUGACAAGGCAGCCCAAUUAUACGAGAGCAUGGAGGUCGUUGUCAACCGGAAGCUCAUGGCCGACGUCAGCGACGUGGCCAACCUACCGCUUCUGUGCCUUCUCGCCGGCUACCGAUUCCUCUCCAACGACGAGGUCCUCGCCUGGCGCGUCAUGGGGCAAGUGGUCAGGCUCUGCGUGGAACUAGGCAUCCAUCAAAAGAGGGGCUUGAUGAGGAUACAGGAUGAGUCGGAGAGGAAGAACGCGCUCAACAGCUUCUGGUCGGCGUAUGUGCUGGACCGCCGAUGGGGGUUUGCGACCGGCCUGCCCUUUGCCGUGCAGGACGACGAGAUUGACCCGCAGCUGCCUUUUCCGGACGAGUAUCCCUUCCUCGUUGCCAUGAUAACGUAUUCUCGCCUAGGAGCAAAAGUUUGGCGCCAAGUGUCGCACUUUGGGCCCGUGUUGGCGCGCGAGCUACGGCAAGAGGAGAUUGACAACCUCGAUGGCGAGAUCCUCCAGUGGUACGAGACGAUACCCGAGGAGGUCAAGGUGCGCAACUGGGACAAGGAGAAGCAGAUAACCUCGACUCCGUCGUACAAUCUCCAGCGGUUGAGGAUAUGGACAUAUCUGAGGCUGAAUCAGAUUCGCAUAUGGCUGUACACGCCCAUCCUCUACAGCGCGACGAGCAUCAUGUCGAACCUGCAGCAGGCGCGGCGCGUCGUCGACCUCGCCAAGGACACGAUACAGUAUCUGAACCACCUCAACAGCACCACCAACCUGUACCGCAGGAUGCAGGUGUUCUACCAUCAGUUCCUGACCUCUGCCAUAGCCGUCGUCUUCCUGGCCUCGGUUCACGCGCCCUUGCAUUUCAGCGCCGUCUGCCGGGAGGAGUUUUAUAUGGCCCUCGACCUGGUCAAGGACCUGUCGGCCAAGAGCUGGAUCUCCAAGCGUCUCUGGCGCACCAUCAAGUCGCUCAAGGACGUGGCACCCCGCUUCGGGCUGAACCCGGACGAUGACGCCCAUUCCUCGGCGGCGCUGGGCAUGAUUGGCCUGGCCCGGGGUCACCUGGAUCCGCCCCCGGCGGCGGAGGCUCCAUUCCCCAGCCUGUCGAUACCGACGCAUCAGCAGCAGGUGCAGGGGCCACAGCUGCGGCAGAAUGGUAAACAGCUCCAGAAUGAGCUGUCGAGGAUAUUUGAAGGAUACGUGGGCCUCAAUGCGUUCCAGCUCGAGCCAGGCGAGGAACAACUUCCAGCGCACUCCGAGUUGACGUCCCCGGAGUCUGGUGAAAGUAUGUUUGCCGCGGACGGAACUGUGUUUUCUCAGCUCCGGGAUAUGUUUUGA